GCCUUUUAAUCGCUGUCAUCACAAAAUGGCUUGAAAUGGUUCGAACAUGUCAUUCGACAGGUGCUGUUGGCGCAAGCUUGAAGCUAACUGUUCCAACAACUCUUCUCAUCCUUUUUUGCUGUACCUGCUUGCCAUGGCUGCAGGUUUCCGUGAGCAGGCUGUGUUGGAAGUGGCGAUGCGGGCCCAGGAUGAAUGGCGCACCUUCUCAGUUGCGGAGCGCGAUGAGGGAUGCCAGAAGUGGAAGGUGGAGGUGGCCAUUCCAGGAGUCACGGGGGCAUUCUAUGUGAACAAUGAUGCGCUCGAAGAGUUUGAGGGGCGAAUUGUUGCAACAGGCAAUCCUCCAAUCGACCUGAUGACUUACCAAGGAAGGGCUGCCUAUGAGUCAAUCCCAGCCUUUUUUUCUCGAAACCUCAACAAGGCAAAUGCUUCGACGGCCUUCGAUUCUCUACUAUUCAAGGGAGAGACGCCAUUGGCCGCGGCAUCGCGGUGCCACGAGGUCUUCCUGGAGAGGAACCCAAUCCACCAAGAUGAUCAGACCCCCUGCUUUCAGUCAUUGUCCGCGUUCUUGCGAAGACCUGAUUUGAAUUAUCAAAUUCUCAUCAAGACUUACAUCCGCGAGAACAGGGCAGCAGCUGAAGAAGCGUUGCGCCCAUUCGUCAAUUGGGGGAUCUACGAUCAGGGCGGUCCCAUCACGGGUCUCGAUUUCCACGGCGGCGGCGCGCCCUUGUUGUGGAAGCAGCUGUUUUCAGAAAGGGUUCCACUGACGCUGCGCAACGCCGUUGAUCUUGCCGGUGAGAUCGCGGUUGACAGGGAGGAGCAGGAAAGCAUCGCCGAGGAAGAUGUGGAGGCGCUCAGAGCCUGCAUGGGUGGAAGGAGCGAAGAGGAUGAAGAGGAUGCUGAUUAGGCUUCAGAUCAUUGACAGUGCUAAGAGAUGCUCAUUUGAGCGCACGCCAUGGUUUGCUUAGAGCUUUCCCAAACUCAUGCUGCGGCGCGCACGUGGGAAGCCCACGGAAUCCCUGCGCUUCUGAGUGGCGGCUGCCGGAGCGCAGGCAGCUUAGGAGAGCGGCCUGACUGGGGCGAGGAAGGAAGGGG